UGUCAAACGUGAGACAAAUAAUAACAAAGAAAACUACAUUUUUUCAAAUGAAUAUUCUGUUUUGAUAAAAUUGACUUCUUGGUUUUUAUCUUUCAACCACAGUAGAUAAAUGGGUUACAAGUACAUAGGCGACAUAAUGAUAAGAAUCUGCGUUCAAAUAUUAAAUAUACAAAAAUAAUUAUCAUAAAAAGCAAAUAGGUUAUGUUUAUUACAAAAUACAAAAAUGUUAGGCUCAAAGAAAUACAAACAUCUCAUAAUUGAAACUCUACUGGCUCUUUUUGGAUUAUUGGUGUUUUGCGAGUUCAUUAUUUAUUAUGUAGUCCUCUAUCAGUGCGAUUGGCCAAUUUUGGACCACCGCAAAGUGGACCCAGACAUUUUGCCCCCAUCGCCAGAAGAAAGACCCGUACGAGCAAUGUUUCUGGCAGACACACACUUACUAGGACCUCGAAAGGGUCAUUGGUUUGAUAAACUCAGAAGGGAAUGGCAAAUGUACAGAGCUUUCCAAACUGUGAUGACAAUCCAUUGUCCAGAUGUUGUUUUUAUAUUAGGAGAUAUAUUCGAUGAGGGUAUCUGGACAAAUUCAGCGGAAUUUGAUGCUUACAUCGACAGGUUUAAGUCAAUUUUUGCUGUUUCCGAGAAUACACAUCUUUAUGUUGUGGCUGGAAAUCACGACAUGGGUUUUCACUACGAAAUAACACCCUAUUUAAAUCAGCGAUUUAUAAACGGUAUGCAAUCCCCCAGUGUUCGGAGAGUCAGUAUUAGGGGAAAUCAUUUUACACUUAUGAACAGUAUGGCGUUGGAAGGAGAUGGUUGUUUCCUAUGUCGACCAACUGAAAUUGCCGUAAACAAAAUUUCUAAGCAUUUGAAAUGCGCCAAGGGCGUAGGAACCGAUUGUGCGAAAAGCAGUUCUAUAAAACGGUACAGCAGACCCAUUAUUUUACAGCAUUUUCCAAUGUACCGAGAAUCCGAUAGAAUAUGCAAUGAAUUGGAUGAGGCCCCUGUGGAUAUAAAAGACAUCAAAUUUCGGGAGAGAUGGGAAUGUUUAUCAAAAGAAGCUUCUGAGCAGCUUUUCGAUAUGUUGAAUCCGAGGUUGAUAGUAGAUGGACAUACUCAUCACGGAUGCAGAAAUGUACACAGAGAAGAUAUCUUAGAAAUAACAAUUUCCUCUUUUAGCUGGCGCAAUAAGGAUAAUCCUUCGUUCCUCCUGGCAAUCGAUGAAAUGGAGCAGAGGGAUUUGCCCCAGGCAUUUCGCCUCCUGGGGGAAAUGAAUGCAAAUGUCCUGCAGGUGAACCAGCUUGUCGAUAACAUGCUCGAUCGCGUGAAAAAAGGGGAAAUUUCGACAGAUAAGGGGCUUAGUUUCUUAGAGAUGAAAUACCACAUGCUACUUUCCUACCUUAUCAAUUUAACUUACAUCGUAUUGAGAAAAUGUUCCGGAGAGAGAAUUGAGGGAGAUCCAUCGAUAGAUCGCUUGAUCGAAAUCAGAACUGUUUUGGAGAGAAUCAGGCCGAUCGACCACAAACUCAAGUAUCAGAUAGACAAGCUGGUAAAAACUGCAGUUACUGGGACUACAAACAGCAGCGAUCCCAGCAAUUUUAAAGCAAAUCCCGAUGCACUCAUUGGCAAAGUCGAUGGAAGCUCAGAUGAUUCAGACAACGAUGCCGACGAAGAUGCUUCCAAGCCGAGAAAAUCUGGAGUCUAUGUACCACCAAAGUUAGCUGCCGUUCACUAUGAUGGAGAUGAAACAACCGCGGAAAAGGUGCGCAAGGCGGGAGAAAGAGCACGCAGGCGUGCGAUUUCCGGAGCGGUACUUCAAGAGUUGAAAGAAGAAUAUCUGGAUGCUCCAGCAGAAGACAUGCACGAUAUCAGCGAAAAGCAGUCCAUCAUGGGUCGAGAAAACAAGAGAAAGACCGAGUACGAAGAAAACUAUAUGACUCGCUUGCCAGUCACCAAGGAGGAAAAACAUCGCCGUCGCCAACUAACUACUAUUGGAACUUUGGGAACAGACAUCACCAACUUUGGAGGAUCUUCUUCACUUUCGGCUAAGAAGAGAAAAGCGCCAAAAGGAAAAGCAAAAAAAAGUAAGUUUCAAAAAGAAACGACACCACUAAUCAACUCGUCCGAAGGAGCAUAAAAAAAAAGAAGGUAAAGCGCUGAAAAACUUACUUCGUCUCCUCCUGGCAGUCCCAAUGCCAAUAAUACUCUCGUUACUAAGUUACGCUAAUUAAUUAACGAUUAAACUUAAACGAUAAGCAAAAGAAACUGUCGAUGAAAGCGCGAAGGUAAUUUAUAAUGAUAUAAGACAUCGUAAUGGUCGCAUAAUUGAUAAUUAUAGUUACUAAUGGUUUUAAUCUUGAACUGUUGUCUGACAACAUUUUUAACUCUGGAGCCGUCUGUUUCGUCGGGGCGGAUUACAAAAGUCCCUCCCAAGAACAAAUUGCACUAUCAAAGAAUUUACUUUACACUUAACAAAUAUUUAUGCGUAAGCUAAACAACAUACUCCGGUUCCAUAAUAUGAAAUUGUAUGCCGUAUGUCGAGUCCGAAGCAGAAUUUCUCUGCUUUGUCCAGACUUUUUCGACUAUAGAAAGAAAACAAAAGAAACAAAAAAAUGAAGAAAAAAAAGCGCAACAGGAGCAAUGAUACUGAAUUAAUUGUUACAAGAGCGUAAAAAUCACAAGACAUUCAACCAAAAUUUUCUGAUUAUCGUCUAGCGAUCGUGUUAGGAAAAAAAGGGAAAUUAAUCAAUGAAACUUUAGAAACUGAUACAAGAUUAUUCGGCAUCAAAUGUCUUUGGAUUUUCUCGCUGUCUUAGGAUAGGAAUGUAGUUACUAGUUCGAUCAUUACGUGUAUGUUUCGUUCGUGUUUUCCCCUGGUAAAAUGUUGAGGCUAUUAGAUUUCACUGUGGUUCCGUUGGAACUAGCGUUAAGUUUCUUUUUUUUUUAAUAUUUGUGCAGUGUGUUAAUUGUUUGAUUUUCAGUUAUAUCGUAAAGCUUAUAUUCAUAGUAAACGUAAGCGAUAACGUGGAUGUGUCAAAAUUCAAAAUUGAUGUGAAGGUUUUCUCAAAUUCUUUCUUUAUUCACUGACUUUCUGUUCUUAAAAGAGGGAGAGAGAGGGAGCAUGUAACGUAAAAGUACAAAUUUAGGGAGAAGAUUAACGCGAGUAUCACUCCCGCUGUUUUUGUUAGGGAAAUUUUCUUGGUAUUCUACUUUUUCGGAUGUCUUUUGGAAUCACAGGCCAGUCUAUAAAACCAGAUUCAAUUCAUAUAACCCUCCGGGUGCUUUUUAACACUUCAUACUCUCCACUUUCUAAUAUUUCCGUUCGAGAAAUGUUGAAAGUUGAGGGUAAAAGUUUUGGGCAUCUGGGAAAAGAAAAUUGUAAUGAAAUUGUACUAUUUAACGAAAUUUCGCAGGGAGUGAUUCGCAGCAGCUUCCGUGAGGCGUUUUUUAUUUGCCGUCCGGUGGCUCGAUCAUCCAUAGUUCUAUUUUUUACAAAGGCGUUCGUCGUUAGAGCCAGCUGGUUGGGCAUGACGUUACAUGGGUCCCUUUCUUGCUGAUCUGUGACAAAGAUUAAAAUGUGAUAAAUUAUUCUUGAAGUAAUAGUUAAAAAUUUUUACAAAAUAGCACAAUUGCUGGGCAUUAUUUGUAAGUGCUGGCAAGACUAUCAUCAUCAGCAGUUGAAUCGAGAUUGAAGAGUCAUUAAGUCUGAACACUGACAAGGAGCGGUCGCGAGAUGUGCGUCGCUGA